UGAAUUGCAUCUCCUACUGACCGAGGGGGUUGCUUCAGUUCGCCCUUUUCUGCUCUCUGUUGAUUGUAAAAUGUCGGAAGAGCUAGAGUACCGCUGCUUCAUCGGUGGCCUUUCCUGGUCAACGUCUGAUCGUGGCCUUAGGGAUGCCUUUGAAAAGUUCGGCCGCCUUCUUGAGGUCAAGGUGGUUGUUGACAAGUUUUCUGGGCGCUCCCGUGGUUUCGGGUUUGUCACAUUUGACAAGGAAAAAGCUAUGGAUGAUGCAAUUGCGGCAAUGAACGGCAUGGAUUUAGAUGGCCGAACUAUAACUGUUGACAGAGCCCAGCCUCAUCAGGGAGGGUCGGGCAGGGAUCAUCAUGAUGGUGACCGUUAUCGCGAACGUGACCGUUCUUAUGGUGGUGGGCGUAGCUCUGGUGGUGGAGAAUGCUUUAAAUGCGGCAAGCCGGGACAUUUUGCUAGGGAGUGUCCUUCUGAAACAAGUAGAAGUGGGGGGAGAUAUGGUGCAAGGGAUGACAGAUAUGGCGGUGGUGGUUCUGGUCGUUACGGACCUGAUCGUAGUGGAGACCGGUCUGGGGGGCAUAACAAAGAAGGCGGCUAUCGUGGAGACCGUGCUGGAGGUGAUAGAUACAACCGUGGCCCAUAUGAGCGCCCCCGAGCUGGUGGCUUUCACUAGCAUUCUAUUAUGAAGGUUGGAUAUUACUUCUCAUCCUGGACCGGUGUAUCGGUAUAUCCACAGAAAUUGGGGGAUUUCUGGUUAAGAGGACAUUUACAAGCCGAUGAAGAGGAGAGAGAGCAGGAGACUUGCUGCUAUAAGCCUUCAAAAGUUAAAAGGCUGAAAAUCUUUUUUUUUUUUUUUAGAAUUUAUUAAUGUAUCAGAUUUGUGUUGGGUUUAAAUGUUUGUAACUCAGUGUGUUUGUGUCUGUCUAUGCUUUCACUGGUUCCAGAGUCUUAGGAAGUGAACUCUCCGAGUUCAUGAAUUAAGAACAAAGUUGGAGUUUGAUUUAUUACCUGGGAUUC